UGUAAGGCAGGAAUUGUAAGGACUAUAAGAUAGGAAUUGUGUUUAAUUGGAACAAAGAUUAAAUUAUUUUGAGUAAUUACAGUUAAAAUUUGAUAUUCUUUGAUAUAAUCAGUUGGUAGCAGCCAGAAGACAUAGGGAGGGUUAAAUAUAUAGCUAUCUACUUUUGUACAUGCUUCAAAAUAUGUUACAUAGUAUAUUAAAGCUUUGUUUUUAGAUCAACUAUAUGUGGUAAAUUUUUUUGCACAUUAAAAAAAAACCUAACUACAAAAAGGUUAAACAAAUAUUUCCUUUUUAAACUCUUGAUUAUUGCUACUCUUUAUGCUUGGAGGUGAUGGAGGACAUGCUAGAGGAUGAGGAAGAAGAUGAUGACAGAGAUGACAAGGACAGUGAAAAGAAAGGAUUUAUUAAUAAAAUCUAUGCCAUUCAGGAAGUGUGUAUCAGUGUUCAGAACGUCCUUGAUGAGGUGGCUUCUCUUGCAGAAAGGAUUAAGAAUAUAUUCAACUGGACUGUUCCAUUCUUAAGCUGGCUGGCCAUUGUUGCCCUCUGUGUGUUCACAGUCAUCGUAUAUUUCAUUCCACUGAGAUACAUUGUCCUUGUCUGGGGCAUCAACAAAUUUACAAAGAAACUCCGAAAUCCAUAUGCAAUUGAUAACAACGAACUACUUGAUUUUCUUUCCAGAGUUCCUUCAGAUGUGCAAGUGGUGCAAUAUCAAGAACUGAAACAAGACCUUUCUCACAGUCCAAGUAAGAGGAAGAAAAAUAACCUUGGUUAGUCAAUUCCAUGUGCUGGGCAGAUCAACAUCUGAACAAGGCAUACCACCUGAGCAGGAUUUCUUCUCUUUCUAAUUUUUUGUUUAUUCUCUUUUGGGUUGUGAUUUUUUUAAAAAAAUUGGUAAUCUUAAUGAGAAAUGUGUAAAUAUUGUACAGAGAGAUUUAGCAGGGAAAAUAUUCUUUCCUUUGUACAGAACUACAGUGAAAGUUUGAAAUUUAGCAUGCUCCAGCUUUGUAGAUGAGAAAAGCCAUCAGUAGCAUGAAUAUGGAAUAGUACGUGAUAAGCACAUACAAAGGGAUAUAGAUGUGCUAAAUGUAAUUUAAUUCAUGCUAAUUAAUAUUAAGAAACCAAAUAACUGAUCUUUUUAUCCUAAAAAGGAUGUUCUCUUUAAAGUUCCAUGUUAUACAUAUUACUAGACAUGCCGAGAAAAGCAAAUUCAUUUAUUUUUUCUACCACUAUCCUUGCCUGCUGCAAAUAACCAGACAUUAUAAGUUAAUCAGGGCUUGCUGGAAGUAAAUGAGUUACAUGCAACAUGCAAAUGUCUUAAUGGAUCUCCAAAGAUUUAAAGAAUUUCUUGAUACUUUUAUCAUUCCACUACAAGAUUUCGAAAAAAUAUUCCUAUAUUUAAAAUUACUGCCAGAUUUAUAACUGAUUCCAUAUCUAACUUUUAUAAAAAAAAUUAAUCUUGAUUUGUAUUUGUUAGCCUCAUGAACAACCUGCAUAUAUUUCAAAAACAAAAUAAGUUUUAAGCACAUUGCUUCAGAUUACAGAUUAUGAACAUCUUCUGUGCACCUAAAUAAUACUUUAAGUUUACAUUAUCCUAAAUUUUUAUAGGAGUCAAUGGAAACAGGUAGAUUUUCUUUGUUUUUUUCUGUAAUAAAUUAGUCUUUUCUCCAGAAGGUUAAGUGGACAAUUAUAUGCAAACCAUUUUAUAUUAUACAAGAUAUUGAAGUUUAAGCUAUUAUUGCAUAACAAAUAGCUUUGGAUAUAUAUACUUAACGACAUAUAGGAAUAUUGAUUUGAGCCAGUAUACUUUUUUUUUAAAAAAAAAGCUUACCACAUAAUUUUUAUAGAAAACUUCCAAGGGAUGUAAAAAACAAAGUAAAGAUUAAUUUGUGUCCUCAGGGGGAAAAGGUUUCUAUGCUUUUCAUUUAGAAUAUUUCUCUUGAAAUUUCCCCAGAUUUUCUUGCCUAUUUAUACAAUCUACUAGAAAGAAUACUAAACUGCAGAGAAAGCUAACCCUGAACAUGUUUUCUUGAGUAGCCAGUUUUGAUAUGCAUAUGUAUAAAGAAAUUUUCUGGUUGCUUAUUAUUGAUGGGCAAUAUUUAAUUAAUGGAAACAAAAACUUUUAUUGAUGUGAAUAUUGGGAAAGAGAAUAUAACUCUAGAACAUUACACUGAUUUAAAAACUUUUUGCAAAAUAUGUGAAAGGUUUUUCCCUGUGAUGUCCUCCUUUAUUAUUACCUUGUGGACAUACAUUUCCUGCACAAAAUACUUAUUUAUGCCAUUAAAUACGAUGAUAAAAUGUUUGGAUGUUCCAUGUGAACUACAUAAGAAUAAGCAUGCAUCUCUCUCUAUCUGUGUAUCCAUUUUAUUUGCACAGGAAUAUCAGGGAUCAUAUCCUGAGUGUUAUUUUCAGUUCGUGGCUCUAGUAACAGCUUAACUCUUAGAUAACUUUUGUCUGAAAACAAUUCCAAGUGAUACUGGACUGCCUCCUAAAUCUUCCCUCCUGGUUAAAGAGGGAUAAAGCUGUCAGUUUCACAAUCUCCCAUACUGCAUUUUAAUUCUCAAAUUCCCUGUUAUGUAUAUGAAGAAAUGUGUGAACACAGAUAACCAAACUAAACAAAAUCCUAAUUUUCACUUCUGUGCAUCCAAGCCUUUUGCCAAGCAAUUCAAGCUUCCUUUUCAACCUAGUCUUAUAUUCUUCUGCACUUGCUGCUUGAGAAGACUCCAGCUCCCCUUUUUCCACUUGAAGGAAGUUCACCCAGUGAAUGCCAUAAAACUUGCUAUUUGAAAAUAUUGAAAAAGUAAUUAUGAAAUAAAGUAUGACCAAAACUUCAUGUCUAUAUAUCCAUAUAGGCUACAUGAAUACUGUGAACUUAAUUGGAAUCUUUCAACUCCAAACCACUCACUUACCAUCCAGCCACAAAAACCUCAGCCUUUAGUCCUUUUGUAAGGAGUAAUUGUCCAGAAUACAUCUGGGCAAUCUCACAAUCUCUCUUUUCUCUGAAGAGAUUUUGCCAGCUAGGUCUGCUUUCUGAUCAGCGAUGUCCAUCAUAAUGCCGUUUCCACACCUUCAGGGCCAUCUAGGUCUUCAUUGGAAAUCUUCCCACAUAGAUUUUUUUCUCCCAAGGCAAUCAAUCCUUAACCUGU